AUGCUAAACUCUGUUAGUGGUAUCGCCCACACAGAACGACGAGGAACACGGAAGUGGCUCGCUGAUUGUAGUCAUUUCCGCUUUCAGACAAGAGCCGGAUAAAGAGAAAUGACAGCGACUUUGCGUCCAUACCUGAAUGCAGUACGAGCAACACUGCAGGCAGCGCUCUGCCUGGAAAACUUCUCCUCACAGGUAGUCGAGCGCCACAACAAACCUGAGGUUGAAGUCCGGAGCAGUAAGGAAUUGUUGCUUCAGCCAGUUGUGAUUAGCAGAAAUGAUAAAGAGAAGGUCCUUAUAGAAGGUUCAAUCAACUCUGUUCGUGUCAGCAUUGCAGUAAAGCAGGCUGAUGAGAUUGAGAAGAUUCUGUGCCACAAGUUCAUGCGCUUUAUGAUGAUGAGAGCCGAGAACUUUUUCAUUCUGCGGAGAAAGCCAGUGGAGGGCUUUGAUAUCAGUUUCCUCAUCACUAACUUUCACACAGAGCAGAUGUAUAAGCACAAGUUGGUGGAUUUUGUCAUCCACUUUAUGGAGGAAAUUGACAAGGAAAUCAGCGAGAUGAAACUCUCAGUCAAUGCAAGGGCACGAAUAGUUGCUGAAGAAUUCCUCAAGAAUUUUUAAGAACGUACCUGCUCAACCUCAGCACACUGCAACACUUCACCAUGGUCAGCAUAAGCAGGAUGGAGGUUUAUCUGGGACCUUGAAAGUCCAGCAAGCAACAGAGAGUGAAAGAGGGGACACAAUUCAGGGUGUGUGUCCUUGCCCCUGGACUGAAUUCCGAGUAUUGCAGUGAUCUCAACCAAAAGCACUCAUGGAAUUCCAAGACUCUCCGUUCAGCUGUACUGUUCUGUAGCUAUUAAAAUUGCAUUACUAAUCUUGUUGUGCCAACUUCAUUUGCUUGCUUGCUAACUUGCUCCGAAAACUUUCUAUACUACGUCAUGAUCUUUUUUGAUAGUCAUAUCCACUUAUCUCUUCCCUUCUGCAGUUUGCUCCUUUAACAUUGUCAUCAUUCCAUAUAGUUAAAUGCUCACAAUGCUGCAGUAUGCAUUCACCUGAUCUUCCUCCAUGCUCAUGAAUCGCCAUCUGUAUAGAUGCUGAACAAACCUUUAAUAUCAGGGUGGACAUUCUUAAAGUCUUGAGCAUAAAAGGGAAAAAAAAUGAGCCAAUGUUUCAAUAAUGUAAACUGUGUCAAUGCUCUUGAAUUAUUUGUAAAAUAUAUGUAUAUUGUGUGCAUAGUGACAUUUUCAUGUCUGAUUUUGAUAUAUUGACCUUCAUGCUAUUGCACAUGGAUUACAUAAGACCUUAUUAGUUGUAGAGAGAAGAUAAUGAAACGAUUAUGAUGAUAAAUAAACAUCCCUUUAUUGCUUGUAA